UGUCUAUGUAGUUUCACCGUUUAUACGUCAUUGAUCCGAAACAAUGUACUGUGGAUUGCACAAAUUGCAGCAGAAAGCUUGAAAGUGAUCGUUUUUCGGUUACGCUUGCCGCGGUUACAAAAAAAGAAAAAACACAUCUGUUAAGAAAUUGGUGGCGUUGGGUGUUUAAAGUCAAGUCUAGUGUCUUUUUUUUGUUAUAGUUACAAUUGUGGCGGAUCUGGGCCCGUCACUUCCGAACAAGUUGACUAUGGCCGACAAUAUAACCGUUUCUAUCAAGGUUCGGCCACUUAUAAAGCGGGAGAAAGAUCUGAAGCUUACGUCGCAAUGGCGGAUCCGGGACAACACGAUCGCUCACGUUGACGGAAGCGGAGAACCGUUUGUGUUCGAUCACAUUUUUGAUGAGUCGGUUCGCACUAAAGAACUGUUCGAGCGUGUCUGCAGGCCCAUUGUACAUUCAACGUUGAACGGUAUAAAUGGGACGAUUUUCGCGUACGGACAAACUUCGUCCGGAAAAACCUACACAAUGAUGGGUGAUGGAGACGAGGAACUGGGCGUAGUUCCACUAACGGCUCGUGAAAUUUUCCGAGAGAUUGAAAAUAACAAGGAUCGUCAGUUUUUGAUUCGUGUCGGCUAUAUUGAAAUUUAUAAUGAGAAAAUUUACGAUCUUUUGGAUAAGAGUAACGCCAAUUUAAAAAUACUAGAGAGUCAGUUUGGAGAUGUACAGUUGAACUAUAAGGAGGUGAUAAUAAACUGCCCAGAACAAAUAAUGAAGCAUUUAGAGGAAGGUAACAAGGUGAAACGAAUCGGUGAUACGAACAUGAAUGAACGUUCUAGUCGGUCGCAUACGAUUUUCCGGAUAACGAUAGAAUCUAGCGAUAUUGGUCGGACAGAAGGGGAUGAAAACGAUGCGGUUCAAAUAAGUACGUUGAAUUUAGUUGAUCUGGCAGGUAGUGAAAAAGCAGAUCAAACUGGAGCAACGGGAUCGAGAUUGAAAGAGGGUGCUCACAUUAAUAAGAGCUUGCUUUCACUAAGUUGUGUCAUUCAGAAACUUAGUGAAAAUGCAGAUAAUCUAAAGUAUAUAAACUACAGAGACUCCAAGUUGACCCGCAUACUGCAAGCGUCUCUGGGAGGGAAUGCGGUGACUUCUAUGAUAUGUAACAUCACACCAGCAGCUCUAGACGAAAGCUACUACACUCUUAGCUUUGCAAUGCGCGCGAAAACUAUUAAAAACAAACCGAUAGUAAAUGAAGUCAUAUCGGAAACGGCAAUGAUGAAGCGUUUGCAGCGUGAAAUCAAGCGGCUUCAAGAUGAGCUCAAGUCCGAACAGAGUAAAAAUAGUAAAAUAAAAACUCUGGAACUUCAGAACGCUAUUACGAUGCGUACUAAUCAAAUUAUCAAUUCCCAAACUCACAUUCAAUUCGAUAAAGCACGGCGUCGCACAUGGUGUCCCUCAAGUUCCGGUAUACCCAAACCGGUUGGUUAUGUCGAACGAGAUAAUCGUCUAAUGCCACCACCCCCUCCAUUUUUAUCAGGUCAAGAUUCGUCGUACGGCAACGAGAAAACUUCGUCAAUUUCAGUUCGACCCGAGUUGAUUAAUCAUGGUAUAUCAGCAGAUCUCCUAGCGAGAAAGGUACGUUCCACGACGCCUACACGUCAGUUUUUGAAUACCAUUGAAAGGUUGGACAACAGCGACGAAUUCGUACCGGCUGAGUUAGUUGACUUCGGAGAGCGAUCACCUCAAAGUAUUGCUAGGGACAUACAUACGCCUUGUGGAUUCAAAUCUAAGAGAAGAUCACGUCGGUCUUCUACCGGAGACUCGCUAGUGUUCGAUUAUGAAAAAAGAUGCAAAGAACUAGAACAGGAGCUACUUGAACUACAGGAGUUUACCAACCUUGAGAAAAAUUUAGAUCUUGCUAACAUAAAGAACCAGCUGUACACCCGUGAGGAACUGCAAGAUGACCUGAAAAACAGAGAGGAAAGAUUAGAGUCGUUGGAAGAACGUUGCCGAGAUUAUGAAGAAGAACUACGUCAAAAGCGAGAACAAAUCUUCGACAUGGAAAAGGAGCUGAUAGUUGCUCGUAAAGAGUGUGAGGCAUCAAUGAAAGAAGCAGAGCUCUGUCGUAAUCUACAGAAUAGUAUUCAGGUCGAGUACGAGUUGUUCCAGCAGAGGUCAAAAAAUCGAGAAAAAGAAUUAAUUGAAUGCCUACAGGAGGCCCGCGAAAGUGGUAGCAAUGGAAGCGCGAAAAUGAUCGGUUUAGUUGACAGCAGUGAAUUAUCGUUGCAGAAUGCCCGAACGGAAUUGAAACAAUUGGAAGUACGAAACUACGAGCUUCAACUGCAGUUAGAAAAGUGUCAUACCGAAGCGGAGAAACUGAAAAAAACUGUACAUGACGGAGCCGAUAAGAUUGCUAAAUUUAAAGAACUGCUAGAUAAAGAUGUGUGUAGAAAAGAUGCAAAGAAACUGUUUCGUGUAAUGACAAAAUUGAGAGGUAUUUUAGCAGACGAGGAUCUGCUCAUAAAUACUAGUAUUGAUACGGAUGAGUUAGUUGAUAGUAUAGGGGAAAUUAGCUUCAAUGAUAGUACAGGUCGUUCUUCGCCAGCAAAGAUAGUACUAGUGAAUGAAGAAGGAAAAACAAAUGUUAUCUACGAUAACGAUAACUGCCAAAUGCUAGAUGUAACCAUUGAAAAUGGUGAACUCAAGAAAAAGGUAAAACUGUUGGAAGAAGAAAAUAAGCAAGUUAAUACGUUGCUGGUUAAGUAUGAAAGCGAGAUCGUGAAAACAGCUGAAAAAGAAAAUCUUCUGAAACAAAUUACUAAUCAACUUGAGCAUGAACGUUCACGUGUAUCAACUUUGGAACAAAGUUCACAAGAAUACAAGAAAGAGCUUUCCAAAAUGACUAGCGAGUACAAUGAAUUGUCGACACAGGUUUUAGAUUACAUCCAGGAUAUUGAUAACUACAAAGAACAAAUUGAGCAAAUGAACAACACUUUAGCAGAGAACGAAACCAUUUUGAAAACUCUUCGAUUAGAAAAAGAACAGUUUUUGCAACAGAUAAGCAAAGUGUUGGAAGAAAAACAAAAGCUCGAAGAAAACAUGAAGGAACAAGAAAAUAAAUACUUAUCCUGUAAAGCUGAGUAUGAUAGUAUUACAAUGGCUUUCGAUCAUCAGAAAAUUGCUGAUGAUAUCGAAAAGCAACUGCAAGAUCAGAUAUCGGAUCUCGAAGAAAAAUUAGAGGAGUGUAAAGAAAAAAGCCAACGAGUUGAAAAACAACUAUUUGAUAUGCAAUCCGAAAAAAAUAGUUUGGAGGAUGAGCUCUCUGAGCAACGGCGAGACUAUGUCAUAUAUUCAACUCAAAGUCAACUCGAACUAGGUGAGGUAAAAACAGAACUGCAAGAAAUGCUAGCUAAGAAUCAAUCGCUACAGAAAACUGUGUCGGAUCAAGAAACAGAGCUUACAUCUCUUUCAGCUAGAAUAACACGUCUCUCUGAACAGAAUACGGAUUUGCAAAUGCAGCUUUCUAAUGUCGCGAAUCAUUUAAAAGGUACAGAAAAUAAUUCUGAAGCAAAUUCUGAGGCACUGCCCGAAUUACAGCAAACCUUAGGAGAGCUGAAUAUGGUAAAGUUGGAAAAAGAUUCUCUACUCCUGCAAUUAGAGACUAUACAACAGAGCUACCAAGUUCUGUUGGAGGAAAAGGAGAAAGCAGACGAUAAGUGCGAUACAUUAUGCAAUGAACUUUCGCAACUGGUCUCUGAAAAGGAGAAUACCAACGAAAACGAUAGACUAGUGUUGAAAAAUGAAAUCAAUGAUCUGCAGCAGACAAAAUACGAAUUGGAGCAAACAGCUGCCAGCAUGGAGCAACAAAUUAGUACAUUGGAAGCGAGGCUCUCAGAAGCAGAACAACAAAAAACUAAGCUUAUGUCCAGAAUACAGUCGUUGGAAACGGAAAUUGAAGAAUCGUCAAACAUCCGCGAACACCUGGACCGAGAAGUUCGUGCUUUGAAAAUCGAUCUCGGUAAUUUAGAUCAGCAGCUUCAGGAAAAUAACGAAAAGGUUGAGCAAUACCAGAAACAAAAUAGUGAUUAUGAACAGGAGUUAGGCGUAAAAACAGAGACCAUCGCACAUGGCAUACAAGAGCAACUUACAUUGCGAAAAUCUAUCGUGCAGUUGAAGGAACGCUUGGCUCAAAUAAAUGAAAAUGAACUGAUUGAGAAACUAAAGGAAUCAGAAAAGCAAACACAAGAACAAAAACGAUUGCUAGAUAGUAUGAAACAGGAGAAGAUGGCACUUCAAGAACAAAUCAUAGAUCUUGUGGCGGAUUGUGAAUUACUAAAGCAACAAGUUGCAGAAAAAGAAGCACUGUUAGAAAAAACUAAUACGCAAGUAGCUUCUUUGGAAACAAACGUAACUGAGCUUGCAAGUAAACUCGAGCAAACUGAAAUAUGUUCGGCUGAUGUAAAGCAGCUUAAAGAAGAGUUGAACACUCUAGAGAAACAGAAGCAGGAAAUUUACCAGCAGCUAGAACAGACGGUGGUUGAAAUGAAUUCGUUGAAAGGUGAAGCAAACUGCAAAAACGAACAACUAGAACGCGUUAAACUUCAAAUAAUAUCACUUGAGAAUGAAGUAGCUGCUCUUAAACUAAAGAAUGAACAUAUAGAACUAGCCCACAUUGAAACUGGGAAGGUGAGAGACGAUUUGGAACAGCAACUCAUGUUGAUGCGAUCCUCACUGGAAGAAAAAGAUAAAAUCUGCUCUGCCCAGACAAUCGAAAUAGACGAUCUGAAACGCAUUGUAUCUGAAUUGGAAAAUAAGUUAGAGCAUCUUCAACAACAGCUAUCAGAGAACCUGGUGCACCUUGAAAAGCAGAAAGAUGAUUCUAUUCAAAUAAAUUUACUACACGAGAAAAAUACUAAACUAACAGAGGAAUUUGUAAAAGAAAAAACCCAAUAUCGAAUUGACCUUGAUGCUAAAGAGGAACACUCUCUAAAGUUGCAGCAGUACAUAAAGGAGCUCGAACAAGUAAAACUAGACUUACAAUCAAAGCUUAACACACUUGCCGAGGAAAUACAACAGUUAGAAGCUACAAACACCAGACAAGAAGCGCAAAUUGUUAAUCUCAACGCCGAAGUAAUAAUUCGCGAAGAUAAGCUUAAAGCUUUGAAUCGUGAUUUAGCCGCUAAAUUAACCGAGCUAGAGAACAACAAGCAGGAAUACAAUGUAAAGUUGAUUGAAUUAGAUUCACAAAUCCAAGACAGUCUCCAGCUCAACACUCAAAAUGAUCUACAGCUCAAAAACCUUGAGCGGGAAAAAGAAGAUCUGUUAUCCAAAUUGAAUCAAGUGGUUGAAACUGAGAUGCGUUCCAUGGAAUCUACUAUCAAACAAUUAAACGAACAAAAAGACGACUUACAGUGUAAGCUCGAACGGAAAAGCUCGGAACUAGAUCAAACGGCAAAGCUUUUAGGACAAGAGAAAAAGACCAACGAAAAUCUACAACAGCAGUUAGCGGAAGCAAAAUCGAAUCUUUCUCCAGACGGCCGUCCUUCGCUUGGUGAUAGUAGAGUUGCGCAGGCCUUGCGUAAAGAAAAUGAUGAUCUUUUAAAGCAGCUACACGAGCUGCAGAAAACACACGUGUCCAAGACUAAUCAGCUGCAAGAGCGAAUCGAUGAACUAAAAGAAGAAGUGUCCACUAUGAGGCAUGAGGCAAGUUUCCAAGAAAAAGAGUUACAAAUUGGGGCGCUAGAGGAAAAGAUUAAUCAUUACGAGCAAGUGUACGAAGAUACUAAGAACAAACAUCGAUCACUACAACGGCAGAACGAUGAGUUGCGAGUCAAGCAUCAAAAUCUGGUAAUGGAAAUGGAUGAUCUACGUAGGUUAGCUGACAAAGAUCGUCGAUCCCGACGGCAAAGUACGCACGAUGAUCGAAGAGGUGUGUGGUUUAAUACGAAAGAUAACUCUACAAUGACGGAUCCGAGCUCAAGCGACUGCAGUUGUGUCGAAAUGGAUAUCCAGAUUAAGGACCUGCGAAGGCAACUAACAAUCAAAGAAUGUCAGUUGAAGACGGAGAAAAUGAUGGCUGCUGCAAACCCAUUGAAAAAUGACGUUGUUGAGCUACGUCGGUUAAUAAAAGAAAGGGAGAGUGAUAUUUUUAAACUGCAAGAUGAAAUCCGAACCCUUUCCGUUGCAAUAGAUCGAGAACGUCAACAACUGACGAAACAUUGCAAUAACUGCGUACGGCAGCAGCGAAUGCAAUCGCUACGCAGUGACAAGGCAGUUAACACAGAUCGAGUAGAAAAUAGUUCAAUGAAUUCUCCAUUGGGGAAAAAUAAAUCGAAGCAGCUAGAAGAGAUCCAGGAAGAGCUACGAAGACUGAGCAGUAAAUAUCAGGAUAUGAAAAGAUUGUGCCGCAUUAGAAAUGAAAAGAUUGUUAGUCUGUCUCAGGACAUACAGGAAAAAGAAAAUGAAAGUAGUAUUGCUAACAAAAACGUCCAGCAAGAGGUUUUGCUGUUGAAACGCCAGCUGAAAGAGAGCGAGGAUAAGCAUACGCAAAUGAUGAAGUUGCUCCAGAGCAAACAUUGUGUGAGCAAAACGGAAAAGAUAGUACAGACUGAUCUGUCUUCGAACGACGACAUUGAAAUGCUACGUAAUAAGUACGAAAAGUACAAAAACAUGGCUAUUGUACUUAUAGAACAAAAUGAGGAGCUAAAACGGAAGAUGUCCACAGCAUAGACUAGGUGACUUGAUUGAAAUGGUGAUUCUAGUCCGUGAUAUUCUGCAGUAGCGACUGAUUCUAUUCAAGUUAAUAUGAUUAUGAAGAUCUGUGUACUCUUAAAUGUGAUAUUUUAUGUAUCAAAAAUGGUGUCAUUGGAUGGGGUAUCGCACACAAAAGGUAUUUGUUGUGCAAAAAUAGUACUUGUCGAAUGAAGUAUUGGCUCAUUGGUAUAACACUCAAUAUGAGUUAGUAAUAUAUUUUUGUUUUCAGUCAAAUGCAUUUCUAUUCACACUUAAAAUAGUUUAUUAUAAUCUAUGUACUAUGUUGAUGAUCUAAUAA